AUGACGGUUCAAGACCGCAUGUUGAAUGGCUUUGCCAUCUGCCAUGGUGGCUACAUCACACUUCUUGCUGACACUGCUUUUGCCUACGCGUGUAAUUCAUACAACGAUGUCACUGUGGCUUCGUCCUUGGGUAUUGAAUUCAUAGCCGCUGUGAAAGGCGGCGAUGUGCUGACGGCUGUUGCCACAGAGCUCAACUUGGCAGGACGAACCGGUUUAUACGACAUCAAUGUCAGCAACCAACACGGCAAACGUAUUGCG